AUGGAGGCUCGUGAGAAAUCAACGGAAUGGGCUCUGCUGUUCCCUCUGAAGGCCGGCUUGUUCGCGAUGAAAUCAUCCUUGUCCUCGAAGAGCGUGAACCGCGAGAAAGAGCGAAUAGCGAAGAAGAAUCAGUCGUUGAAAUCGGGGAUCCGUCGCGGAUCUUCUCUGUCGGAGUUGGACAAGCUUCAGAGUAAACCAGUUCUGCCGGAUGUGGUUAGAUCGACGGAGAAGUGCUCCGAGUCGCUGCCACACUCGCCGGCCUUGUCGAGAACGAACCUUCAAUCGGGGAAUUUGUAUGUAAGGGGUAGCAUUGGCGACCUGAUGAACAUGAAGAGGUACGGCGCGUCCACGUGGAGCGUGAGAAGCGAAAGCUUGAUCGCGAAAGCUGUGCCGCUGAGCACGGUGACCUCGAGACACAGUCCGCCGAUCGAACAAAGCAUGGAGGAACUCGAGGACGAGGAGACGCAGGACGACUUUCACGUAUCCGGCAAGCCUCUGACUUGCGCGCAAAGAACGCAGAGGCUCAGCAAACUCAUCAAGAAACAUAGACGCGUGAUGGUCUUCAGCCCUAGGAGCCUGAAGCGAGAUCUCGUGAGUACCUCUGUUCUUUUAAUCCUGUCCAAGAGUGCAUCGAUCGGUCGCGCGAAAUCCUCAGUCGCAGGUGAGUUUCAUUAUCAGCACGAUGCUUCGCCCUUGAUUACAAUGAUAGAUAAACAGAGUCAACAGGAAAAUCGACCCGUUGGGGAUACAACGGCGAAUAGAGUUAUGGGAACCGAGCACGAGCGAAAGCACCAGGAUAUGAAGGACUUCGCUAUUAUCACGCGGUGGCAGAUGCACGGGAGAUUGACAAAGUUCCUUCCACUUCGAUAACCGUGAAUUUCGAAAUAGAACGACGCGAAUUUUCGAAAAUUUGUAACUCUUCUUCUCUUCAUUUUUUUUUUAAAUCUUUAAAUUGCCAUCUUCGGCCACGUGUUUUCUCCAUCUCGAUUCCUGUAGAAGAAAGUUGUGCAGCACUAAAAUGUGCACGAAAAGCUUCCGAAACCUAAUAUUUCAUCGAAAAGAUGCUGGCAAGAGAAAUUCGACUGAAAUGAAAUUUUACAUUAACCUUCAUGAAACUUUAAUAAACUUUAUAAACUUUAUAGAUCUUCGCAA